GGCCUGGGACCGAACUGUCGGGCUCUUGGAACCUAGCGCUCCCAGACCCAAGGGACGACUUCUAUUUGGAGUUCAACAGGCCACUCGAAGAUGAAGCUGUCCGUGUGCCUCCCGUUCCUGGGCUGCCUGGUGCUCGCCACCGCCAUCCCUGUGCCUCGUCAUGAGGACCUGCAAGGCCUGCUGACUGAGCUAGAAGACGGGCUAGAAGAAUUGCUGGAGGUUGAGAUGGAGAACCGUGAGAAGAGGCAGCCACCAGGCCAGUGGCUGCCCCGCAGGGGAGAGAACCUGCAAAGCCUGCCACCCGGCUUUGGGGAGAACCGUGAGAAGAGGCAGCCAGACCAGUGGCUGCCCCGCAGGGGAGAGAACCUGCAAGGCCUGCUGACUGAGUUAGAAGACGGGCUCGAAGAAUUGCUGGAGGUUGAGAUGGAGAAGCGAGUUUCGGAGGAAUGACAGAACUGCAGGAGGCUGAGGACCAAGAUGCAGAUCUCGAUGCAGAAGACCUUAAAUAGUUUCAUUAGAUAAAGACAUGGGUGGUUAUGAUUAAGUUCUUUGAUAAUGUUUACCUUCACACAAGGAAAACACAUUGUUUUUGCUCAGUUUCUUCUUCUUCCUCUUCUUAUGCUCCAAACAAAUUAAGUCAAUGAAAUGGACCAUGCAGAACUCUGUCACCAUGGUAACUUAGCUUGUGGUGUAGCAACACCCUGUGGUGUUGGGUUACAUUAUGUAGCAGAACAGAUUUGGAGAUGUGGGAUAAUCAUUUAGGUAUCUAUAACGUUUCACAACGAUGUCCGGACAUGUACGUAUACAUUUCAGGAAGCAAAAGAGUGACUGCGUAUGUUUGAAUAUGAAGGACAAUAAAACUGGUGGAUUUGAA